AUGUCUAGCAUGAAGCCCAUCCACCUUUACUCCCACGCCACGGGCCCCAACCCGUGGAAGGUCGCCAUUAUCCUCGAAGAACUCGGCGUCCCAUACGAGACUGAGUUCCUUGACUUUGGUGUCCUCAAGCAGGAGCCCUUCGUCAAUUACAACCCCAAUGGCCGGGUCCCAGCUAUAACCGAUCCCAACAAUAAGGACAUCACUCUGUUUGAGUCCGGCGCCAUCAUCGACUACCUGAUCGACACCUACGACAAGGAGAACAAGCUCUCCUACGCCGAGUCGCCCCAGAAAUACCUCGAGAAGUCGUGGGAGCACUUCCAGAUGAGCGGGCAGGGACCGUACUACGGCCAGUUCGCGUGGUUCUCGCUGUUCCACUCCGAAAAGAACAUCACCUCCGCCAUCGACCGCUACGCCAACGAGAUCAAGCGCGUGCUCGGCGUCAUCGACGCCCACCUCUCCAAAACCGGCAACGAGUACCUCGUCGGCAACAAAAUCUCCUACGCGGACUUGAUGUUCAUCCCCUGGAACGCUUUCGCGCCGGGCAUGGUGAAGGAUUUUGAUUGGAAGACGCAGUACCCGAAGUGUUAUGAGUGGAACCAAAAGAUGAUGGAGCGGCCGGCGGUGAAGAGCGUGAUGGCGGCGAAGGCGAAGGCGAGUGGGAAAUAG